AUGGUAGAUCAUCGAAAUCAGCGCCCAAGGGUAGAUCUCGAUUUUACAUUACGACGCGUUUUUGGAAAAUCCUCCUUUCGCCCACUCCAACGUGAGGUUAUAUCGGCGGCGAUAGACGGCCAUGAUGUGUUUUUACAAGCUGCUACAUCCUUCGGGAAGAGUCUGUGUUUUCAAUUGCCAGCUGUUGCCAGCCAUGGUGUCACACUUGUGGUAUCUCCACUUCUUUCUUUGAUGUUGGACCAAGUCACUGCUCUCGAAGCCAAUGGGAUUCCCGUUGCCACCAUCAAUGGCAAAACGCAGUACGCCGAGAGAAGAGAGAUCAUGGAUGAUCUCUUGUCUGGUCAUCCUAAAAUCAGACUACUCUAUGUGACCCCAGAGUUUUGCAGCACUGAAACCUUUCGGCGCCACCUGACAAGGAUCCAUGCACAGGGGGAGCUCACCCGUGUUGCUAUAGAUGAAGCCCACUGUAUCAGCGAAUGGGGCCAUGAUUUUCGACCAGCGUAUAAAGAACUUGUCUGGUUCAAAAAGAAUUUCACAAACCCUCCUGUGCCCAUCACAGCCCUUACCGCAACGGCUACUGCUCCCAUACGCACGGAUAUCAUUAACCUACUAGGACUUGAUGUCAGAACACUCAAAAUGUUUAACACGCCAUCUGCGCGGCCAAAUAUUCACUAUGAAUUAAGGUACAUACCUAAUUCCGACGAUCCGUGUGAAGAUCACCAAUUACAAGAUUUCUUAACGUGGUUGAAUCAAGUCAAAGGCCGCCGUGACUCUCGUCUCGGCUCUAAUGAAAGCAAACCUCCUAUAAUGACUGGAAUCAUCUACGUGCCCAUGCGAUCAACGGCGGAUAGUCUUGCGGAGAUGCUGUCACACUCAGGAAAUGACAUUCAGGCAAUACCUUAUCAUGCUGGACUACGAAACGAAGAGCGAAAUAGGAUCCAGAAAAUGUGGACGUCCAACACACCGUCUUUGAAUACUGAUAACGAAUCUACUCCCGCAUUUUCCAUAAUUGUCGCAACAAAUGCAUUCGGGAUGGGGAUCGACAACCCUCAUGUCCGUUUUGUGGUCCACUGGACACCCCCACGAAGUUUCGAGGGUUUUGUUCAGGAAUCAGGCCGUGCAGGAAGAGACGGACGGGCUGCGUUGUCCAUCGUAUACUACAAUCCUGACGAACGAGAACGAGUUUCGCAGCGAAUACGAAAGGAUGAUAAUGCUACAGGCCGCUCCGCUCGCCGCUACACACCUCAAACCCCAGAGGCAAAAGAGCGCACACUGCAGGCGCGUGUCCAAAGUUUUAAGAAAGUCGUUGACUACUGCGAAAAGACAUGGCGAUGCAGACAUGACAUUAUCAAAGAGUUCUCCGGAGAUUAUGAACUCGAGAUGAUGGGAAGUACCCAAGACUGUAUCUCGAGCCAGUUUACCUUGUCAUCAUCACCAUUAGCAGGCAAUCUUCCUCCGUCACCUUGUGAUUACGCAUGUGACGUUUGCAAGUACGGUGCAGAAGAGAUCAAAAAACGGAAACGAGACAUGUGGAUAAAUUCGGCCGGUGCCGAUGGGUUGUCCGGGGGGCGAUCUAUGUUUGGACAUAGUGGUAUCGACCACAUUAUCGAGAUGGUGUUUCCCAACGGUUACUAG